CUGAUCGCCACUUACUCUCUCUCUCUCUCUCUUCUUUCUGACUGAGUUGGCGCUCUUCUACAACUCAGCCAACCAACUUGUCUGCCAAACAUUACAAUUCUUUGCCCGGUCGUCGAUACAACCACCCGCUAACCCGCAACCAACAAGCUGUUCUAGUAUAGCGCGUUCGGUUGUUUUAUUUCGGUCGUAUAUGGAUCGUCAACUUUGUUUUUGGAUCUACGUCCGGAAUCACAACGUCAUUUAUUCUUUUUGAUGAGUCACAAAUGAAAUUAUAAAACUCUACGGAUACGGCUGAUAAGAAGUUUUUUGCAGUGUGUGAUUUUGGUAGUAACACGUUACCCAUCGUCGUAGCCCGAGGACGUUAGAGGUAAACUAUUCUUAUUAAAGUUGUAUUGAUAUUUCACUGUUCUCAAUGACGAUCCAGGAAAGAAUGGCGGCUCCGUCUAUCCAACAACAGCCGCCGCCGAUCCACACACAGCAACCUAUCACUCAGAAUCACCAGGUUGCAUUGCAUACGAGUAUGCAGGUAACCCAGCAAACAUCACCCCCAUUGAUCAAGUCAGAAUGUACCGAUAUGGACGACAGCUUAUCGGGCUCACAACCGAUCCACACAGAUACCAAAGAUGAUACUAAUUUGACACAGGACUCUCUAGUAGCUGCUGAUUCCCCUACCGAUAAACCGAAUGCAGGUAAAAAGGUAGGAGCUGGAAUUCGUCGUCAUGAGAAACCACCUUAUUCCUACAUUGCGUUAAUAGUUAUGGCUAUACAGAGCUCACCAACAAAGCGCCUUACUCUCAGCGAAAUUUACCAAUUUCUCAUGCAGCGUUUUCCAUUCUUUCGCGGUGCCUACCAGGGCUGGAAAAACUCUGUCCGUCACAAUUUGUCACUAAAUGAAUGCUUCAUCAAACUACCAAAAGGAUUAGGCCGACCAGGAAAGGGACAUUACUGGACUAUAGAUCCUGCUAGUGAGUUUAUGUUUGAAGAGGGGUCGUUUCGACGACGUCCCAGGGGUUUCCGUCGCAAAUGUCAAGCUCUCAGACCUCCGUAUGCGAUGAUGAACGCUAUGGCCGGAAUGCACGGGACCCCUAUGCUAGGCGGAUCUCACCUGGAUAUGUUUGGUCAAAACCCCAACUCGGCUGCUCUAUCGAACAUGGCAUGUUCCAUGGGCAAUAUGAAUAAUAAUGGUUACGAUAAUAUUGGAAUGAAUAUGAUGGGUUCUUCUGUAAACCUAGGCACGAAUACUCAGAAUGCGAGCGCUGGCGGCGGUGCCUCCGGCGGAUACAUGUCAACGUGUGCUGUUUCAAUGUCGAAUCAGGACUAUGGUGCGGCUCAACUACAGGCCAGUAACACCACCUCGCCACCAAACCACCAAGGCAUGUAUUUUUCCCAGGCAAACGGCGUUAUUGAUAACCAGGUGAUGUCGUACGCAGCGGCGUCGUGUUGGCCGACGGGAUUCGGUAGCGGCGGCCGCUACAUGAAACAGCAGCUAGCGGAUUGCAACGGAGGCGGUAACACAUCCCCCAUUCAGGCCAUGCAGGCUACAGACCAAACCCAGUAUCUUAGCCCACUCUCGCACCUAUCAGCGGGGCAUAACAGUGAGCCGACGGACCUGUCACACCACGCGAUGCGCAACAUGCAGACGACUCAGGAACUAACAGAAAGCCCGACGAUGUGUGAUAGGAAGUUCAUGUUAGCUCACCAUCCCAAUGCGACAUCCAUACACCACGCAGGAGCAGUGGGGCCUUACUAUGCCCAAUGUGAGAGAACCUAGUGGAUACCCCAGUUGACGAAUGAAAACGCAGAUGAAACGCAACGGAAAAACCACUUUGAAGCGAUGCCUACAAUAGCGGUGUGGCGAAAGAGCACAAGGACAGUUUGCACUGACCUUCUCACUUUCUUUGUUAUUUAAGGCAAAAGGAUGGAUUUUCGACGAAAGCUUCAGCAGUUUGGUAAAAAGAACAUUUUGAUACAUUACAAGUUGAAAAAAAAAUAUCAUCGUCUUGAAUGUAACGUGUAUCCGUAUGCCACUGUCUACUUGAACAAUUUGUUGAAUCUUUCUUUCAAAUACCUACACAUUCCGUGCAGAUGGCAUGCGCACCGGCACUAGUAUGACAACCAGUGUCUGUACCACUCCAUGUUUUCGAAUAAUUGUAUUUAUUUGAAAUUUUAUCUCUUUCAAUUAAAAUCAGUGUUAAUCAUCAAUAUAUUAGUGUGAACGUAGCACGUCGUGGUAUGCUAUAAAUUAUUGGUAUUUAUAAUUUAUGGAUAACUUACCAAAAUAUGCUAUUGAUUUCCCGAUUAGAGUAACUUUACGGGGAACAGAUUGAAUAUUGCUUUGCAGAACAUGAAUAUACAUUUGUGAUUCUUUCCUAUCAGGUUUUCAUUAUAAGAGGCUAUUUAAUCAGUGCAUGAAUCGUUUUAUUAACAACGAUCAUUAACAUAAGACCAAAGACGUAAAUGGUAGUGAUUUUUCUAUUGUAUAACGAUAUUGACGAAUUCUAUGAAUGACAAUGAUUUUGUGUUUAUAUGUAGGUAGAGAUAAUACAAAUGAGAACGCCAUGUCGGUGUUUGACAAGCCUGUGUUGAAAGGAAAUGACAGCAUGAGAAUAAGAUUGUGAAAGGAAAUCAAAUUUGUACCAAUAUUAUUCUUUAAAAAGCCUACAAUCCACCAUGGUCAUAUCUUGGCACCUGGUUUCCUUGGCGAUAUGAAUCAACGAGGGAAUAUUUGAUGGGUUAAAACGUAUGAGAUAUAUUUAUGUUUGCUUCAUUUUGCUCUUUUGUAGAUUAUGUGAAUAUAAAGUAAGUGUAAAUAUGUUGAUGUUAUGGCGGCAAGGUUUGAUGUUGGGUGUAUCUAUUUCUUUUAUAGGCCUAAAGCCAUCAUAUCAGCAACAGCUAAUCAACAUAAAGAGCUUUUUUAGUUACUAAAUUUAUUUGAUUUGUUUACAACUCGAAUAGAGGGGUAGACAAUGCGCGUUUAUACUUAUUAAAAUCAAGUAGCCCAAGCCAUAUUUAGUAGUGAUCAUUUAUGUAGCUUUCCUAUGUGCAUAGUGGCGAUAGAAUUAAACUUUAAAGUAACAACGCAA